AUUCUUAGGUUUUAUUGCGACUACUGUGAUACCUACCUCACCCAUGACUCGCCUUCUGUUCGUAAGACUCACUGCAGUGGAAGAAAACACAAGGAAAAUGUAAAGGAUUACUAUCAGAAAUGGAUGGAAGAGCAGGCUCAGAGUCUUAUUGACAAAACCACUGCUGCAUUUCAGCAAGGAAAGAUACCACCCACACCUUUUGCUGCACCACCAGCUGGCAGUGCCAUGAUUCCACCUCCACCUAGCCUAGGUGGACCUCCACGCCCUGGUAUGAUGCCUGCACCACCAAUGGCUGGGCCUCCAAUGAUGCCAAUGAUGGGACCCCCUCCACCGGGAAUGAUGCCAGUAGGCCAUGGUCCUGGUAUGAGACCACCAAUGGGAGCGCACAUGCCAAUGAUGCCAGGUCCACCAAUGAUGCGUCCACCAUCCCGUCCCAUGAUGCUUCAAUCUCGUCCGGGCAUGGCACGCCCUGACCGAUAA